CCCGAUAGGGUUUAGAAGCCAGAACGCCCAGAAAGGGGUUUUGAUUCACGAGGGCGCGAAGACUUUUAUGACAGAUCAGAUAGAGAUGGGAGGUAUCGGGGGCGUGGAUCACAAGGAAACUAUAGGGAAAGAGAUCGCGAUCGUGAGAGUUGGGCACGCACUACAUACCAUGAGAAGUUUGAAGAGCGUGCAUCCCAUGAUCAGAGAGAUUUUGACUAUGAAAGACGGCGCAACAUAAAUGGAGAGGACUGGGAUAACAGAGUGAGAGAUUUUGAAAGAGACAGUAGCAAGAACCGUCGCCUUGAUAGAAAGAACUUUGAAGACCGCAUUGAAAGGCCUGAGCGAGGGGAGAGUUUUGUGGAGAGACGUAGUGAAGGAAAAAAUGAAUUGUGGAGUCGGUCUUAUGACCCUGAACUUGUGGUAGAUAAGGAACCUAAUGGUUAUGAGUUAGGAGAGUUGCGCAUGAGUCACAAAGAAUGGGACAAAGAAGUUGAAGCGGCUGAAAAGCAAAUGGAAAUGCGUGAAGAUGUACGUGAUCGCCCACAGCGUCCGGAUAGUAGAGAUAGCAGGUCCAGUAGGGAGUCGCGUACAAGCAAGGAUUCCUUUGAUCGUUCUUCAAGUCUUCUUCCAAGGGAAAAGAAGUUAGAGAUAACUUCGUGGGCAGAUGCUACAUAUGAAUACGAUGAUUAUGACCGAACUGAGGCUAGGUUGGAUGACUUCAUUACCCGUGAGCCAAAUUUCCAAGAAUCCUCCCCAAAAAUUGAUGUAAAGGAGAAUAAGUCAGUUACAGUAACAGAAAAAGAAUUCAAGGAAGAGGGUGCCACUGAAGAUAGUGAAUUGCAACCACGGGAAAUAAUAAAGGAGAAUGCCCGUGCUGCUCAUGCUCCAGCACCCAUAACUCGUGAAAGGUUAGAGGCCUCAGAUAAAGAAAGGGAAAUUAGGAAAAAUAUGACAACUCUUAAGAAAUCGCCUCAGGGAGAACAAGUACGUAAAGUUGAAGUAAAGGAAGUUGUUCACCCUAAGGAGCACAGGGAUAAUGUAUGGGCGAGCCGUUCAAAAAACGCCGAACGCUCCCGCCCCGAUUCCAGCGGCACGGCAACAGUGGUGGCCAGCAAUGCAGGCAACAGUUUGACCAAGUCCGGGGAGUCCAACAUUUGGGGCGUGGCCAAGCAAGCAACUUCAAACAGCGAGAGCACUGUUCCAGCCAGCGUGCUAGUCGCAACAACAACAACAACAACAACAACAACAACAACAACAGCAGCAGCAGCAGCAGUAGCAUCAGCAGCAGCAGCAACAACUACUACUACUACUACAACAACAGCAGCAGCAGCAGCAGCAGUAACAAUAGUCAGUCAGGCCAGCAGCAGUACCACCAACAGCAGUACUGCCGCAACCAACACAAGCACCACAGUAGUAGAGGUAGCAACAGUGAGGGUAUCCACCCCACAGGAAGUUGUUGGCACAACUCCAGUUUUGCAACCCCAACCUCUAAUGCAGCAACUCAUCCAGGCGCCACCACCACAACAGCAGCAGCAGCAGCAAAUGCAUCAAUCACAGCAGCAGCAGCUGCAACAACAGCCACAACAACAACAACAGUCAAAGCAAGUGCAACAGCAACAGGAGCAGCAGCCAGAACAGCAGCAGCAACAGCAGCUACCACCAUCACCACCACCACCACCACCACCUCCACCACCACCACCACCACCACCACCUCCACCACCACCACCAUCACCGCAGCAGCAGCAACAGCCGCAGCUGCAGCCGCAGCCACAGCAGCAGCAGCAGCAGCUAAAUCUUCAGCAACAACAGCUGGCCGGAACCACAUCAGACGUAAUCACCACUACAACCACUACCCUCGCACAAGGGUCUUCUCCAACAGCAACCGCUGGAAGAGUGACCACUGAGGGAAAUAAUGAAGUUGCUGAGAAUAAGAGUGCAGACCGGGGCGGGGGCAGUAAGGCAGUAUUAUCAGGCUCUCGGGGUAACAGAGGAAAUCGCUACGAGUCUUCUCGGAGUGGAGGACGUAGUAGUGGAUCUAGAGGUGGCACCUACCCCUUGUACCGUGGGGCUAGAGGAAGUCGUGGAGGGGAUUACAAUCGUCGAGGUAGAGGUCCUCCUCCAAGAUUUCAGAUGCGCAAUUACAGAGGUGAUGAUGACUACUACUACUAUGAAGAAUACCAUGGACGUUCUCAUAGGGACCGUAAGGAUGAUUGGAGUAGUAGCUGUGAAGGAGAUUGGAGCAGUGCACUAUCAUCAGGGGGAGGCAACAGUGCUGCAGGAAGCAGUAACAUCUGUAGUGGCUCAUCUCUACCCAACAACCGGGAGGAGAGCGGCGAUGGUGAGCGCUCCCAGUUUGGUCGAGGUGGCGGCCGGGGGCGAGGGGAAGCCAGGAGGGGAAACUCCAGGGGUGGUGGUGGAGCUUCAUCACUUCAGGGCCAUGCAGGGGGCAGGGGGCGGUCAGCACCAUCACAUGGUAGCAGCGGUGGUGCCAGUAGUGGCAGUGGUGGUGCCAGCAACACUAUCAGCAACAGUGGUGGUGGUGGUAGUGGCAGUGGUUGUGGCAAACCUGGAAAUACUGAGGAGGGAAAAGUGUGUAUCAAUGAAGUUGGUUCAUCAGAAUCUGCUGGACGCAAACAGCAUCAGCAACAGCAGCAGCAGCAGCAGCAACAGCAAAGCAGGUUUGACAGGAUGCCACCAAGGUUUCAGAAACGGCGAGAAUUUGAGCGUCAGAGAGGCGGCGUUGGUGGCAGUGGAACAAGUAGCCAUAGUAAAAGAGGACGAGGAGUUUCAACAACGGUCAUCAAUUCUGGAGGUGGAGGGGUUGUCUCAUUGGCCACUACAGUGCCAGUAAAGCCCAGCAUGAAAGAAGGUACACCAGAGACGACUGAAGAAGCUGACUGGGAAACUGCAUCCGAAAGCAGCGAUCCUGAGGCUCGAAAAGAAAAUAAGGAGAAGACUGCAACAUUAGUGAUAAAAGCUGAUCAUCGAAAGGGAAACAAAGCAGAUAGGAAGAUUGGUGGUGGCUGGGCUUCCACGUCAAGUGUGGGCUUAGCACAGGGACGUAUCUCAUUUGGCAAGGAAUCCAAAGCUGAGAGCCAAGGUGUUCACCAAAAUACUAGCCAGCAGAGGUUUGGUGAGAAGAAGGCUCCACAUAAAAAUGAGAAAACUAAGAAUGGACCUACAAGUGGAAAGGGCAUGAGAAAUGAAACUACUGUCAGUCAAGUGCAUGAGAUAAAGUUAGACCCUACCAUGGUGCACCAGGCUCUCUCUGAAGUCAACAACAAAAGUAAACCCAAGCAAGAGAAAGCCAACCCAUUGGAGGGCAUCGACUUGAAUAAUUAUGCUAGUGUGGUGAUAGUUGAUGAUCAGCCACAAGUGUCUGAACUUAUUGGUGAUCACAUGGCUGCAAAUGAUGGUUUCCAAGAAGUAACCAGGCGCAAAUCAGGAAAAGAAAAAUUAAAGACCCAGUUGCAUGAGCCUGUAUCAGUUACAACUGCUGUCAGUGAACCUGCAGCUGUUGGUAUUACCAGUGCUGGUGGUCCAGCACCUUCCACUACGGCUUCAAAAAAACAACAAAAAGAAAAGAAAGGUCGCACUAGCAAAACUGGUGGAUUUGAGCGAUCUCGUCAGAGCAAGCUUCCUCCAAGACUAGCAAAACAGCGUGAGAACAACCGGAUCAAUGCAAUGAAAUCUGCUGGGUCUUGCAGUCCUGUAGAAUCUCCAGCAAACACCUUAUUUCCUGUGAAAGAUUCAACUGCUAUACCUCCACCACCUAAAAAUGCAUGGGAUAAACCUCUAACUGCAACACUGAGAGCUAAUUCUCCUCAAGCUCAAACAUCUGGGGAUGGAACAAAUCAAACUGGAAUGAAAACAUCUGUAGAUAAUCACGAUAGUGGUGUGGAGAUAAGUGACCAACCAAAUUCUGGAGGCAGUAGUCAGCGGUCCAGCCCUAGUGAUGAUCCACCCAGUUUCUCAAAAGUGGACAAGAAUACUCUAGAUGGAACAUCUGUGCCUUCUCAGACAAUCAUAUUUGAAAAUACCAAUUUCAAGGCUGCAGGUUCAGUAAAUGCUACUGUAGGUGCAGAGUACAAGGCAAAGUUUGGUGAAGCCCCUAAGCCUCAAAGACAACGUGAGAACAGAGAUAGAAAAAGUAUUUCCCCAGAAACUACAUUGUCAAUGAAAGAAGAUAAAGAUAAGAAAUCUGAAAAGCCAGAGCCCAUUGAAUUACCACUUAAUUUCUCAACUAAAGUAGAAGAAAAUGGUACUGAUAUGAAAUUAGAUUUUACAUUCGAUUCAGAAUUACCAGAAGUUCCGGGAUCUGUAAGCACUAAAGUAAUUAGCCUUCCUCGAUCCUUGGUGAUGACGUCUGGUAGUAUGCAGAGUCCUAUAUCUCCAUCCACAGAUGAUCUUAACCUUAAAAUUGCUUCAGUCAAAAAGGUAUGGGAAACAAUGGCACCUGUCCCUGAGCAUGCAGAGGAUGUGACGAGCUCAGUGGCAUUCUCAACAGCAAAUUUCUCUGCUGUAGAUAGUGUGGCGGGGCUUGACCACUCUCCGGCACUUGAAACCUCUUUCACGCCAAAAGAUGCUACUACUGUUGGUACCUGUGAGGAUCAUUCUCAAGAUGUAGGUGGGUAUCAGGGUGGUUCACCUCUACAGCAGGGAGCAGCCAUGGGCAGUGCAAUGGUAUACACUUCUGCUGCUGCUGCAUACACAUCCUCUGCUGCUGCUUCGUUGGCAAAGGCUGAAGUUAGUCGAUCUGGGAAUGUGUGCAAGGUGAAACCACAGCAGCAGACUGCCAGUAAUUCAGUGUCUCCAGGACCAGGUGGAUCAUCCUUGGGCAUCUCGGGCAGCUCACUCUCGCCUCCUUUAGUAUCAGGAUCAACAGGCCCUUCAAAUAGCAGUAUGUAUCAAGCUUUAGGAGGUACAGCACCAUUUGGAGGAAUAGGAGGUGCAAUCCCAUCACCUCCCAUGGUGUUCAAUUCUAACCCACAGACAGGCUUGUACCAACCAUUUUUGGAUGGUACUCCAGUUCUUGGACAGAGAGGUGCAUCCCAGUUCUCUCAGUAUCCACCAUAUGGAAUCGGGCAAGGGUUGGGUAGUAAUGCAUUUGGUCAGCAAUCAAUGUUUUUACAGACUCCCCCACCUCUCACAACACCAGAUCUGUAUACUAAUAAUAUAUCUCAGUACAGACUACAGCCAACUGGUGUUACAGGAUUUGGACAGAGUCAGCCUCAAAACCAAAACACAGUCCUCAUAUCAACUGCUUCAAAUUCUCUCAUGUCAUCAGCAGUGAAGCCAUCAUCACAAACAUUUGGUAAUUCUCAGCAGAACUUUGGCACCAUUGGGUCUAAGGCUGGUACCCCAUUCCAGCAGAGUGGCCUAGGGACUGCUUUACAAGGUGGUCCUCAGCCCUCGCAGUUGUAUAUAUAUGAUCCCAGCCAACCCAUGGGUCUUUUAGGAUCACAGUUGGUCCAACGCCCUGGUGUACAGAAUUCUGUUAUUCAGGCUAUACAGCCACCAAGUUCAUUUUACUCAAAUAAUGGGGCUGGUGCACCAGGUGCCCCACCUACAGCACCACCAGCUGGACCUGGUGGACCCCAACAGGCAGCAGGAUUUUAUACUGCUUCAGGUUCACCAUUACAAGCAGCAGUGCAGCAGCAAGCACAGCCACCCCUGCAGACACCACCUGCAGCAUAUGGCCUACAAGGCUUUGGCAGUCAAUCUCAGCCUGGCCCAGCAGGUGUUGGUAUGCAAGGAUUUGGUUCCAGUAUGAGUCUGGCAGCACAGCAGCUGGGAGCACAAGCAUUUCGAGGUGCUCCAACGCUUCCUCCUAGCUUCUUGAAAUCCUUGCAGCCAGGAGCUAAUAUCCAAGAUACAACUCGCCAGCAGCUCAAAUCCCCAGGUGCAGCCCAGAAUUCCUUUUCAUCAACAUUUUUUCCUCCCACAAGCAGCAUAUCUUCAUCUGUGAAUACCAGCUGUAGUAACAACAGCACCAGUCAUGGAGGCUCCAGUAUGCCACAGAUAUCAUCUCCAAAGACACAAAGCAGAAAAAUGCCCCCUCAGCCUGGAUUAUCACACCAAAGCUCAAACAGGAAUGCAUCAUACACUGCUCAGAAUGCCUCUCAGAUGAUGGGUGGGAGCCUCAGGUCGUCAGGAAUGGUAAUGGGUCUUCGUGGACAGUUACCUAUGGCAAACCAGAGUGGUUUGGGUGGACCAAAUCCAGCCAUGGGUACUAGCUCUCGAUAUCCAAAUCCAGGGCCAAUUCAGCGUCCCCCAGCAUCUCAAGGCUCUGGCACCUGUAGUAGUCAUCGUGGAAGUCGUGGACAGUCACAAGGUCAACAGCAGCAGCAGCAGGCACAACAAAGAACCUCUAACCCUCCUAGUUCUGCUCAACAAGCCAAACUUAGGGCUGAUGCUCUAAGUACAACUCAGGCUUUCUUUAAUCGUGAUG